AUGGCUGACGAACUCGAAGACAACCUCUUGCUCGAAGACAAUGACUCGAUCGCCGGCUCCGGCGGCGUCUCUGUCGACGGAGACGACGCCUUCGCCGUGGCCGGCAUCGCAUCGGACGACGACUACCACGCUUCCGACGAGCCAAUUGGCGCUGUCAAGCAACGCCACGAGCGGCUCUCCGCGGACGCAACGAAGGAGGAGAGGAAGAGGAAGCGCAAGCAAAAGGAGAGAGCCAAGAAGCAACAGAGAGCCGCUCUGGCGGCCGAGUUUGCCGAGGGCUUAGGUUCCGUAGCCACACAGCCACCAGACAUGCAGGCAGACUACCUUGGCUCCAAGCAACGGGCUACUUAUCCCAAGCUGAGCUCCAUCGAGCUAGAUGAGCUCCGGAUGAAGGAGAACAUGCUGGUUGAUACCACCUCUUUUGACCGACCCCGGAAAGAAGAAUCUCUGGCUGCAUUUGUUCGCAAGUACGCCCCCGAGACGGCCCAGGCCCUUUCGGACGCAUCGGCACCGAUCAACAUGCGGCCAGGCAGACCAGGAGCGGUCGUUCUGACUGGCAACGCCCAGAGAGCUGCUGAUCUGGCCAAAGCCCUCCGAGCUCUGGACCCCAAUCCUGCCGUCGACGGGCCGUCCGAGUCGAGCAGACCGCCAAAGAAGAGGCAAAAGCAAGCGCAAGGGGCUGUGGUUGCAGUCGAGACACCGCACAAGAGCAACGACAAGGGUCACGUCGGCUUCAUUGUGGGCAAGCUCUUUGCGCGUCACUUCAAGCUCAAGGAGCAUCAGACGUGGCUCCAGCAGCACGCUUGCCCGCUCGCCGCCGGCACGCCGCAGCGCGUGGCCUCGUUGAUCUCUUCGGGCGAUCUCAAGCUAGACUCGCUCGAAGUCAUCGUUGUCGACCAGACGUGGGUCGACGCCAAGCAAAGGACCGUGCUGGACACACCCGAGACUAGAGACGAGCUCAUCAAGCUGCUGGCCAGCGAUCAGAUCCUGGCCGCUCUCAGGCGGGCCGAGAGGCCUGUCAAGCUCGCCCUCUUCUAG